AUGAAAUUACCCACAGAGGACACACCUUACCCCACACAUCUAUCAACGGACAAUAGGAAAGGACGUCCUAACCUGAAAUUACCCACAGAGGACACACCUUACCCCACACAUCUAUCAACGGACAAUAGGGAAGGACGUCCUAACCUGAAAUUAUCCACAGAGGACACACCUUACCCCACACAUCUAUCAACGGACAAUAGGAAAGGACGUCCUGACCUGAGAUUACCCACAGAGGACACACCUUACCCCACACAUCUAUCAACGGACAAUAGGAAAGGACGUCCUAACCUGAAAUUACCCACAGAGGACACACCUUACCCCACACAUCUAUCAACGGACACUAGGAAAGGACGUCCUAACCUGAAAUUACCCACAGAGGAUACACCUUACCCCAUACAUCUAUCAACGGACAAAAGGAAAGGACGUCCUAACCUGAAAUUACCCACAGAGGACACACCUAACCCCACACAUCUAUCAACGGACAAUAGGAAAGGACGUCCUAACCUGAAAUUACCCACAGAGGACACACCUUACCCAACACAUCUAUCAACGGACAAUAGGAAAGGACGUCCUAACCUGAAAUUACCCACAGAGGACACACCUAACCCCACACAUCUAUCAACGGACAAUAGGAAAGGACGUCCUAACCUGAAAUUACCCACAGAGGACACACCUAACCCCACACAUCUAUCAACGGACAAUAGGAAAGGACGUCCUAACCUGAAAUUACCCACAGAGGACACACCUUACCCCACACAUCUAUCAACGGACAAUAGGAAAGGACGUCCUAACCUGAAAUUACCCACAGAGGACACACCUUACCCCACACAUCUAUCAACGGACAAUAGGAAAGGACGUCCUAACAUGAAAUUACCCACAGAGGACACACCUUACCCCACACAUCUAUCAACGGACACUAGGAAAGGACGUCCUAACCUGAAAUUACCCACAGAGGACACACCUUACCCCACACAUCUAUCAACGGACAAUAGGGAAGGACGUCCUAACCUGAAAUUACCCACAGAGGACACACCUUACUCCACACAUCUAUCAACGGACAAUAGGGAAGGACGUCCUAACCUGAAAUUACCCACAGAGGACACACCUUACCCCACACAUCUAUCAACGGACACUAGGGAAGGACGUCCUAACCUGAAAUUACCCACAGAGGACACACCUUACCCCACACAUCUAUUAACGGACAAUAGGAAAGGACGUCCUAACCUGAAAUUACCCACAGAGGACACACCUUACCCCAUACAUCUAUCAACGGACAAUAGGAAAGGACGUCCUAACCUGAAAUUACCCACAGAGGACACACCUUACCCCACACAUCUAUCAACGGACACUAGGAAAGGACGUCCUAACCUGAAAUUACCCACAGAGGAUACACCUUACCCCAUACAUCUAUCAACGGACAAAAGGAAAGGACGUCCUAACCUGAAAUUACCCACAGAGGACACACCUAACCCCACACAUCUAUCAACGGACAAUAGGAAAGGACGUCCUAACCUGAAAUUACCCACAGAGGACACACCUUACCCCACACAUCUAUCAACGGACAAUAGGAAAGGACGUCCUAACCUAAAAUUACCCACAGAGGACACACCUAACCCCACACAUCUAUCAACGGACAAUAGGAAAGGACGUCCUAACCUGAAAUUACCCACAGAGGACACACCUAACCCCACACAUCUAUCAACGGACAAUAGGAAAGGACGUCCUAACCUGAAAUUACCCACAGAGGACACACCUUACCCCACACAUCUAUCAACGGACAAUAGGAAAGGACGUCCCAACCUGAAAUUACCCACAGAGGACACACCUUACCCCACACAUCUAUCAACGGACAAUAGGAAAGGACGUCCUAACCUGAAAUUACCCACAGAGGACACACCUUACCCCACACAUCUAUCAACGGACACCAGGGAAGGACGUCCUAACCUGAUAUUAAAUAUACAUAGUAACUCCAGUAUCCCGGGCGCAGUUUAG